AUGCAGAUCUUCGUAAAAACCCUAACCGGGAAGACUAUCACCCUUGAGGUGGAGUCCAGUGACACCAUCGACAACGUCAAGGCCAAGAUCCAGGACAAGGAAGGUAUUCCACCGGACCAGCAGAGGCUCAUUUUUGCCGGGAAGCAGCUCGAGGAUGGCCGAACUCUCGCCGACUACAAUAUCCAGAAAGAAUCAACUUUGCAUUUGGUUCUGAGGCUCCGUGGUGGGAUUAUUGAGCCGUCUCUCAUGGCAUUGGCUAGGAAAUACAACCAAGAUAAGAUGAUAUGCCGCAAGUGUUAUGCACGCUUGCACCCUCGUGCUGUCAACUGCAGGAAAAAGAAGUGUGGACACAGCAACCAGUUGAGGCCAAAGAAGAAGGUCAAGUAG